AUGGAUAGACUCACAGGAGAACUGACAGGAUACAGAAUCAACCGGAUCGACUCGAAAAGCUCCUGUACCGGAAAGGCUCGAGAAGGAGGAGACAUGGUGGACGUCUUCCUCUACGGAAGCUCUAGCAACGUCAUGGACUUCAUUUUGCUCGGGCGCAGGUCAACAGUCCAGGCCGUCCUCAGGCGGAUCCCAGCCAAGAACAAAUUCGGAGAUAGUAUCGGGCGUUGCGACAGCUCAGAAGACACGAUGGCGGGGCUGCUGAGAUACAUGGAUGAAGUAACAGAUGCAAAGAUUAUUCGGGAGGCAGAGGUAUACCGCAUGACGCUGGUUGGCUGUGAGUAA